CAACGACAUCCACGACACGACCCACGCAUUUGCACGCCAAGCAACGCGCUAGUGAGCCUAGCCAUGUCUGCAGAGGUAGCUCCAGAAGAUGCUCAUUCGCUCGAAGAGGCGCUCACAACGGUUCGCGUCUCAAAGACCAGAAUGGUGCAGUGCUUGGAUAAUGUCAAAUUGAUGGACGGUUUGAAGCAUGCGAGUACCAUGCUCUCUGAGCUGAGAACCAGUUCGCUUGGACCCAAGCAGUACUAUGAACUAUACAUGUCUGUGUUUGAUGCGCUUGGCUACUUGACCAACUACCUGAAAGAAGCACACACCAGUGGACGCCAUCACUUGGCCGAUCUCUAUGAAUUGGUCCAGUAUGCAGGAAACAUCGUACCGCGACUCUAUCUGAUGAUCACCGUUGGCGGUGUUUACAUGGGAAUGCUUGGUGCGCCUGUCAAGGAAAUCACAAAGGAUAUGAUGGAGAUGAGCCGCGGCGUGCAACAUCCCAUCCGUGGUCUUUUCCUUCGUCACUACCUCUCUGGCCAAACACGAGAUCACAUGCCCAUUGGUACGGACGAUGGGCCACAAGGCAAUCUGCAAGACUCGAUUCAAUUCACCAUCACCAAUUUCAUUGAGAUGAAUAAGCUCUGGGUCCGUUUACAGCACCAGGGACAUUCUCGAGAGCGACACCUGCGGGAGUUGGAACGUACAGAGCUCAAGACUCUCGUGGGUACCAAUCUCGUACGCUUGAGCCAGCUCGAGGGAAUUGAUCUAGCUCUUUACUCGGAAGUCAUCCUGCCUGCUGUGCUUGAGCAAGUGGUGCAAUGCCGAGAUGUCCUCGCUCAAGAAUAUCUAUUGGAAGUCGUCACGCAAGUCUACCCUGAUGAGUACCAUUUACGCACACUCGACCAGUUCCUCUCCGCAGUCGGCAAAUUGAAUCCACACGCAAAUGUCAAGCAAGUGGUUAUUCAGAUGAUUGAUCGCUUGGCGAGUUUUGCUGCAAGUGAGACUGAGAACGAGCCAGCUGAUGAGCGAGCACGCAAGGAGGAGCAAGCAGCGCGAGCAUUGUCAAAACGACUCGCCGGAACCAAGGUGACUGAUGAACAGCCAGUGGAAGCAGCAGACACGCCAACCGAAGCAGAAGGGGAGGCAUCGGCUUCAUCAAAGACCACAAAGGAACAGUCAACAGAAACAUACAGAGGCAUCCCAGUGGACAUCAGAUUGUUUGAGAUAUUCUGGAACCAGAUUGUCAGCUUGGUGCAAUCGAGACAAGAGCUCAAGAUACAAGAUGUGUCUGCGAUGCUGGUCAGCCUAUGCAACCUUGCGCUCAGCUGUUAUCCAACACAGCUCGAUUACAUUGAUCAGAUCCUAUCCUACGCGGAGCAAAAGACAAAGGAGCACGUCGAUUCGACGGAUCUCCACUCAACAGAUGCUCGUGACAAUCUCAUGAAAUUGCUGCAAGCACCCAUUCAGACCUAUUCUUCGCUCAUGACGGUUCUGGCGAUACCCUCCUUUGUGCCUCUUCUUCAUGCGCAAUCUUACGCCAUCCGCAGGUCAGUUGCUGCGACAGUUGCCAAGAUUCUUCUUUCAAAACGUGUUGCGAUUGAGUCUGUCGAAGAAGCUGAAGGAACGUUUGAUUUGCUCAAGGUCUUGAUUUGUGAAGCCGGACCACCUGUCCAAGUGGCGAAUGGUAGUGCACAGCCCCGUCGUACUAGAGAUGCUGAAUCAGAUGAGUCGAUUGAAGAGCAAGGCUGGCUGGCGCGUAUCGUGCACUUGCUUCGGGGACCGACGCUGGAUGUUGAUUUCAAAUUGCUUCAAAUUGCUCGUCGCCAAUUACAGGAGGGGGGCGACAAGAUCAAAUACACAUUCCCUCCCGUUGUGGUGGCGGCUUUGCGACUGGCUCGUAAGUGGAAAGCUAGAGAGCAUAUCGAUGAUGGCUGGAGUGAACAAAAUGGUCUUGUCUUCAAGUUCAUACACCAGACCACACUCACAUUGUACCAAUGCGUCGGUUGUGCUGAGCAGGCAAUGCGAUUGUUCCUCUUCGCUGGACAGGUUGCAGAUCAAGCAGGAUCGGAGGAGGUGGCCUAUGAGUUCUUUGCACAAGCAUUCACCAUCUACGAAGAAGCUAUCUCGGAAUCAAAAGCUCAGUAUCAAGCUGUGGCCAUGGUUGUCAGUGCCUUGCAACAGACCCGCAAUUUUACGCAGGACAAUUACGACACACUCAUUACCAAAUGCGCUUUACAUGGAGCCAAGCUGCUCAAGAAGCCGGAUCAAACGAGGGCUAUUCUGGCAGCAAGCCACUUGUGGUGGCAAACAGACGCUCCAGGACGAGGCGAAGAGGAUGUCGCCACCUUGUUUCGAGAUGGUAAGCGUGUUCUCGAGUGUCUCCAAAAAGCACUCAAAAUUGCAGACGCAUGCAUGGACACAGCGACAUCUAUUCAGCUGUUCAUUGAGAUUCUUGACCGGUACCUUUACUACUUCGACCAUGGCAACGACGCCAUCCUACCAAAGUUCAUCAAUGGUCUGAUUGAUUUGAUUCGGCAAAAUCUAGAAAAUAUGGAACAAGUUGAAGGUGGAAGAGGGGCCAUAGUGACGAGUACCAGUGCUCUGACGGAUCACGAAGGCAAGCUGCAUGAGUUCAUCGUCGCUCAUUUUGAGCGCACCUUGGAGCAUAUCCGGACUCGCAAGGAGCAGGACGAAGAAGAGCAUUGGCAAGAAGUGCUUGCGUAGAAUAGGCAAUGAAGUCAGGCACAGCAAGCUUGCACACUAUAAGUCUAUGCGUACUCCGCAAUAAUCUUUCCCAAGCUUU